AUGUUGCGGUCGACCAAUACCCUGUUGCCAUGGCCGCUGCUUUCGGUCUGGUGGCUGCUCACGUUCCACCUGGUGUCAACACUUGCUCGGCAAGCGUCUUUCUCUGCGCCCGUCACAUCCAGCUUACCAAGCGCUGAAGCCGCAAUACCAGACUGCUACCCUUUCUGCCCGGAGCAGGAUGGCAGUUCCCGUUCCGUUUCGGCCGUGGAAGCGGCUAGAUAUCGCAAUCGGCUAGGAACGCUGAAAUGGGUCGAUCCUCGCAUCGGUACCAACGGCCCUGAUCCAUCUGAGUACGGUGGUAUGGUUCCGUCGGUAGCAUUGCCGUUUGCUGGCGUUCGCACCGUGCCGAUGACUCGGGAGAAUCUCGUCUCUGGAUGCGCAUACCACGACAACGACACCGUCAACAUUGGCUUCAUUGCAAGCCGUCAACCUGCGAUCUGGAUGGGCGACUAUGGCUUUACAACCAUCUUUGCUGGACAAGGAGACGUCAAGCUCGCCAAGCACGAACGAGGUCACAGCUUUGAGCGUUCGCAAGAAUUCGUCUCUCCCUUCAAGUAUGCUGUGCGCAUGGGCAAUUCCUCUACAAAAGGUCACGUUUUCGCCGAGCUUGCCGGCAAGAGUCGUGCUGCCAUAGUGCAGUACACCUUUGACUCGCCGAGCAAUGACACCACUCAAGAACACGAGACAAGUUCACGGUCUUCACAUGUGGGCCUUUUGUCCACCCCGGACAGCAAUAUCUCGAGCAAGGCACCGUAUGUUGGAAUCCAAGCGUCCCGAGAACAGUGGCGAGGUGCUGUCCGCAUCAACACAGAGAAAGGCGAAGUCUCAGGGUACAACACCGAAAGGAUGGACUACCGUCUCGGUCCACACGAGGCUUCUGGAUUUCGCGGCUACUUUGUCUAUCGCUUCGAGUACCAGCGCUCGAGUACUAUCCAGGAUGAAUGGAUCAGCGGCUUCGCAAGCAGUGGCACUGCUCACACGAACGCCACUGGUAUCGCGAUGCAUCCGGACGAGCGAGCUCGCUGGAACGAGCUGGGUGUCUAUGCAUUCGUCCGCUUCCCGCAAGACACAAUCAAAGUGCGAGUUCGUCUUGGUAUGAGCCUGAUCUCAGAGGAGCAGGCUCGCUACAACCUCGACGUCGAAAUGCACAACGGCACCUCUGUCGAGGUCGUGGUUGACGAGCUCAUUGACGUUUGGAGAACCAAGACCGAUCGCAUCCAGGUGGAAGGUGGAAGCGAACAACAGAAGCGCAUCUUGUAUACAGGCAUGUUUCACGCCUCACAUUAUCCAGCCGAACAUGCCGAACCCAUCCCACACAGCGAUGACAAUGUAGAUGGCAUCAAGACACCGCCAGCAACACCUCAUCACGACAAAGAGGACAAGCACAAGUAUCACUACUACUCGGGAUACACUGACAGCGUCCACAAAGUCAAGGAAGGAUUGCAGCGUUACCAGUCCUGGUCGAUCUGGGACAUCUAUCGAGCUCAGUGGAACUUGCUUAUCCUGUUCGAGCCUCGCCGGGUUGUCGACAUGGUGCGGUCGCUACUUGACAUCUAUGACGAGUCUGGCUUCUUGCCCAUGUGGUCGACGCUAGCAGAGACCAACAUUAUGAUCUCGACGCAUGCCGACUCGCUCAUUGCCGAAGCUGCUGUCAAGGGUGUGCAGGGCUUUGACCUGCAGAAAGCGUGGAAGGCUGUGUACAAAGAUGGAACAGUGCCUCCAGAGAGAGAUGACGAACUGCGUUACGAGGAUCGUGAAGAAUAUACACCGCUUGAGGUCAGGGCUGGUCUGACUUUCUACAAUCACUCAGGGUAUGUUCCUCUUGAUGGCUGGUCCGAAUCCACGAGUCGCACGCUCGACUAUGCCUACGAUGACCAUGCGAUAGCCAUUCUCGCCGACCUGCUUGAGAAAGAAGAGGAAGCUGCCUAUUUCCACAGCCGUAGCAAGAACUAUCGACAUGUGUUCGACCACGAACAAGGGCUAAUGGCUGCUCGGCUCAAGAACGGAAGCUUCAUCGUCCAGCCUCUGCCCGAUCCACGUGGUCGCCAGCAAGGCUUCACAGAAGGCAACAUGUUCGACUACAGCUUCGACGUGGUACAAGAUAUUUCCGGUCUAGCAGAGCUGGUAGGAGGCAGAAACAAGCUUGUAGCGCUGCUGGAUCGACACUUCAGUGAAGGACACAAUGAUCAGUCCAACGAGCCAUCACACCACAUUCCUUACCUGUACUCUUUGCUUGGCGAGGCAAGCAAGACUCAGAAGCUGGUUCGUGACAUCUCGUACGAGAGCUUCAGCGACCAGCCCGAUGGAUACGCUGGCAACGAGGACCGUGGCCAGCAGAGUGCCUGGUACAUCUUUAGCUCUAUGGGUUUCUACCCUGUCAAUCCGGUAUCAGGAGAGUAUGUCGUAUCGUCGCCUUUCUUCGAGGCCAUCGACAUCGAUAUCCCGCCGCGAAUGAAUCACGGUGGUGAUGGUCAGGCCAGAGAAGGGAAGCCCACGCGACUGCGGAUCGAGGCUCCGGGGGCAAAUGAUCAACAUGUCUACGUUUCUAAUCUCUUUGUGAACGGCCAAGCUAUAGACCAGCCCAAGCUCAACUGGACCGACCUGCUCAGCGGUGGAACUUGGAAGUUUGACCUCUCAGACAGACCGCAAGUAUGGGGAAAUGAUAAGUCCCUUCGGCCGCUUCGUGCAUAG